GCUCAAAUAAGCUAUUCGGUUUAUCGUAUUGUCGUCGCUUUUAUUCCGUCCUCGUUUUAUUGUUGUUGUUGUUGUUGAAAAAAAAAAAGGCUUAAAAAGCCUUCACGAAACACAAAACCCCUCCAAAGCACUUUAUCUACCUAGUAGAUCGCUGGAAAAGCCAGUUAGCUUUAAGGUUCCAAGGUUUCCCGAUUGGUCUUCAACCUUUGAAAUGGCAAGCAACGGCCAAGUCGACGGUUCAGCUCGUGCUGUCCAGUAUUUAAAUCAAGCAGAUGUCGGCUCCGAAGUAGUUCAGAGACCAAAGAUUAAUGUCCCCGUUGAUGUUAGCUACAACUUGGAUCGAUUUCUGAACCCGCAUCUCCACGCUGAGGACCGAUACCUGAGACCACUGCAGAGCCCAGCCCCACUCACUGAAGAGGAGUCCCGCAUGCGCAUGACUGCAAUUCUGAAUUCCAUGACGUUAGACCUGUUAUCGAAGCAGAAUUGAUGGAGUGCGAGUUGCUUUCUUGGCUGCACUGCGUAUUUUCUCUCUCUCUCUCUCUCUCUCUCUCUCUCUCUCUCUUUUUAAUUUUUUAAACUAUCUAUUGUCUAUAUAAGCAUUAUGAUGAUUAGGAUGAGAGUAUGAUGAUUUAUGGAUAGGUUGGUUUCGUGUCUAUUUCAUUUUUAGCAUUGUUAGCGUGAGGGAAUUGCAUUGGCUUGGGGGUUUAGUUGCAUAUUAGUUUGUACUUGGGUACCUAGUAGUACCUAUUUAAGCUUUGCUUAAAGUUAUUGUACAUGCAUAUUCCUAAAGAAUGCACGAUGUAUUUACUAGGUAUCGUUCUUUUAUCCUACGGCAUCUAUGGACGUUUCAUUUCUCAGUGGCGGACCAUAUUUAGAAACUUCAGUAAAUCAUUCGAGCCUGUGAAAUCUGAUUUACGCCGAUUCUAACCUCG